GCGUCUGCCUCGUGGCCUGGCGCGCGCCGGCCCUUCCGCUGGCAGCGUCCGGUCCCGGGCUGGCUCUAGGGGAGGAAAAAAUGCACUUUGGCGGCUGAUCGCUUCCUUCCUGCCAGUCAUGCAAUCGGCCGCCUCCAUCGGCGCCGCCUGCAUGCGCCCCUCCGCUGGGCCCUCUGGAUGAAGUGAUUGAGAAGAAACAGUGAACAUCCUCAUUUCACAGAUAAGACAACAUGGAUCAGCCUUUUACUGUGAAUUCUCUGAAAAAGUUAGCUGCUAUGCCUGACCAUACAGAUGUUUCCCUAAGCCCAGAAGAGCGAGUCCGUGCCCUAAGCAAGCUUGGUUGUAAUAUCACCAUCAGUGAAGACAUCACUCCACGACGUUACUUUAGGUCUGGAGUAGAGAUGGAGAGGAUGGCGUCUGUGUAUUUGGAAGAAGGAAAUUUGGAAAAUGCCUUUGUUCUUUAUAAUAAAUUUAUAACCUUAUUUGUAGAAAAGCUUCCUAACCAUCGAGAUUACCAGCAAUGUGCAGUACCUGAAAAGCAGGAUAUUAUGAAGAAACUGAAGGAGAUUGCAUUCCCAAGGACAGAUGAAUUGAAAAACGACCUUUUAAAGAAAUAUAACGUAGAAUACCAAGAAUAUUUGCAAAGCAAAAACAAAUAUAAAGCUGAAAUUCUCAAAAAAUUGGAGCAUCAGAGAUUGAUAGAGGCAGAAAGGAAGCGGAUUGCUCAGAUGCGCCAGCAGCAGCUAGAAUCGGAGCAGUUUCUGUUUUUCGAAGAUCAACUCAAGAAGCAAGAGUUAGCCCGAGGUCAAAUGCGAAGUCAGCAAACCUCAGGGCUGUCAGAGCAGAUUGAUGGGAGCGCUUUGUCCUGCUUUUCCACACACCAGAACAAUUCCUUGCUGAAUGUAUUUGCAGAUCAACCUAAUAAAAGUGAUGCAACCAAUUAUGCUAGCCACUCUCCUCCUGUAAACAGGGCCUUAACGCCAGCUGCUACUCUAAGUGCUGUUCAGAAUUUAGUGGUUGAAGGACUGCGAUGUGUAGUUUUGCCAGAAGAUCUUUGCCACAAAUUUCUGCAACUGGCAGAAUCUAAUACAGUGAGAGGAAUAGAAACCUGUGGAAUACUCUGUGGAAAACUGACACAUAAUGAAUUUACUAUUACCCAUGUAAUUGUGCCAAAGCAGUCUGCGGGACCAGACUAUUGUGACAUGGAGAAUGUAGAGGAAUUAUUCAAUGUUCAGGAUCAACAUGAUCUCCUCACUCUAGGAUGGAUCCAUACGCAUCCCACUCAAACUGCAUUUUUAUCCAGCGUUGAUCUUCACACUCACUGUUCCUAUCAACUCAUGUUGCCAGAGGCCAUUGCCAUUGUUUGCUCACCAAAGCAUAAAGACACUGGCAUCUUCAGGCUCACCAAUGCUGGCAUGCUUGAGGUUUCUGCUUGUAAAAAAAAGGGCUUUCAUCCACACACCAAGGAGCCCAGGCUGUUCAGUAUAUGCAAACAUGUGUUGGUAAAAGACAUAAAAAUAAUUGUGUUGGAUCUGAGGUGAUAUGUUCUGAAUGUAAGCACCGUCAACAUCAGACACCUACUCAUGGACAUGUGGUUGCCGGAUUUUCUUAAGAUGUUUCCAGAAAUGACUGAUAUUUUAUAUUUAUACAUUUUAGAUGACAAAGCUUGAUAUUUAUUGCUGUCGCACAUUUUGAAGUUUUCUUUUUGGGUUGCUCUGUGUCAAGAGAGGUUACAUGGUGUUAAAUCGGUACCUGAUAAUGUACCCAAAUACUAUGGCCAGAUAAUAAAUUGUGCUGCAAACAA